GUCCCCGCAGCGCCGGUAGUGGUGCUGUGAGUCUGCCGAGCACUGAACUCUAAACCCCCGCAGAUCUGUUCAAUGAGAGCAGACGAUAACAUAAUAUUGAAAGUACAUUAGUGAUCGCUUUAACGGUUCACCACCUCAACAGGGAAUAAUAUUACGUAGCAUAAGGAAUUCCGAUGAAUAUUCGGUGCAGUUGAUGAUCUGUGGCGUUUAUACAGUCUGUCCGGAGUGAGACCCCGUAGAGGCUGAACCCACUGCAGCUGAUGUUCUCAGGGACCAGAGUCACGUGAUGUACGAAGGUAAACACAUCCAUUUCUCAGAGGUGGAUAAUAAGCCGCUGUGCUCCUACAGCCCCAAACUCUGCAAGCAGCGCAGAUUGAACGGAUACGCCUUCUGCAUUCGUCAUGUUCUGGAGGACAAAACCGCUCCGUUUAAACAGUGCGAAUAUGUGGCCAAGUAUAACAGUCAGCGAUGCACCAACCCAAUCCCCAAAGCAGAAGAGCGAAGAUACUGUAACAGCCACCUACAGGUGCUUGGCUUCAUCCCGAAGAAGGAGCGUAAAAAGAAGCAGGAUGCUCUGGAGGAGGUUCGUGCCCGUGCUCACGUGGAGUCUGUCGCUCUGAACAUCACCGUUCCCUCUCUGGCUCUGAGAGACACUAAUGGGUUGGAUGGCCUCCCUCCGUCUCCGCCCUGCUCCCGUCUGACCCCGAUGCCUCUCUCGGACUCUGAUCUCCUUGACCCCUUUGCCUUCUAUGAGGAGGACACGGACGGAGAGGAAAGCGUGGUACAGAAGAGCUCCAGCAAGCGGAAGCCACCCAGCAGGCCAGUGAUUGGCCUGAGGGUGACAGCUCGGGACCCAGAACACCAUCAGCCGGAUAUUGAGCACUUUAGCGCCGUCACUGAACCCUGCACACUCCCAGCCUCCACACCACACCUACCACAACCACCUCCACCACCGGCUCCACCUCCGCCUCAACCCUCAGCGAGGCUUGUCCAGCCCCCUCAACGUACAGAUCGGCCCGCUUACGCCCAACAUGGGGCAGUGCAGACUCUGCUAUGCAAGCCAGCUCCACCUCAGAGUGGGCCCUCUGUUUUAACUGGUCUGCUCCCGUCUGCUGGAGUUCAGAACCAGCCUGUUAGCCGGAGACCUGUCCCUGCUGCAUCCCCUCGCCCACCUGCUGCCCAGGACUGCCCACAGCCCCGUGCCGUGGCCAUGCGCCCCAAUGCCUUUACAGCACCCCCUGUCUGCCUGCUCAGACUGCAGCACCUUGUGCAGCUCUACACUCAGAGACAGAGAGAACACGGAGACCUGUUCCCACAUCUUGGGCUAGACUGGUCUGAGGACAGUACAGAUGAUGAAGAUUCAGAGGAGAUUGUUCCUUUAUUGCCUCAGGCCUGGAGACUUCAGGAAAGAAGCUCACAUCAAAGCUCCUCCAAUGAAAAGCCGCUUUCCCGGCGGGCACGUCUGGCACAGCUAUGUACAUACCUACAGGAGAGGUAUAAACACCUGUGUCGACAGGACAGGGCAGCCACCCGUCACAGCAGAUACCGAUACGCCUUCCGGAAAGCUCUGCUCCAUGCUGCAAGCAAAGACCCAGACUGCACUGCACAGCUCAUUCAGAAACUCAGCAAAAGCUCACAGACCUCAACCUGUUCAAGGUCUGCAGUACCACACAAGUAUGAAAGGACAAUGUGUACAGGAACCACGAAGGGUCAAAGCUGCAGCAACAUAGCUUUGCCAUUUUCACGUCACUGUUUUCAACAUAUCCUGUUGAAUCGCUCUCAGCAGCUGUUCUCCAGUUGCACGGCACGGUUCGCUGAUGGACAGCAGUGCUCCGUUCCUGUGUUUGACAUCACGCACCAGACACCUCUUUGUGACGAACAUGCCAAGAAAAUGGAUAAUUUCCUGCGCGGGGAUGGCAACAGACGCAGUCAGCAGCAGCAGCAGCAGCAGCUGCGGCGCCCACGUAAGAAGACCAAACCGCCUGCACUGACAAAGAAACACAAAAAGAAAAGAAGACGAGGUCCACGCAGACCGCAGAAGCCCAUUCCUCCCGCUGUGCCACAGGGCAACUUGCUAAUGCCCUCCCUCUCACUCCCCACUCACCACGCCCAUGUCAGCAGGAGUCCGUCGACCCCUGAACUCAGCGCAGAUGAGCUUCCUGACGACAUCACAAAUGAAAUGCCUGACAUUCCCAAUGAUCUUGAGCUGAAUCAGGAAGAUUUCUCUGAUGUGCUGCCCAGACUCCCCGAUGAUCUUCAGGAUUUCGACCUUUUUGAGGGUAAGAAUGGAGAGUUGUUGCCCACCACAGAGGAGGCAGAGGAGCUGGUCAGAGCCCUGCAGGCCAUGGGGUCAUAUCCUGACUCCCUGGUGUGUUUGUCCUCAAUGGCCGAACUGACACCAGCAGACGGGGUAGACCACAGAACCAUGGCUGUGUUCUCGGGAUCAGGGGUCACAGCGACUGGCAUCGGAGACCUUCUAAACGGCCGAAUGGCUUCUGAGACUUUUCCCAAUCUAGAGCUGGAGGGAAACCUCCUCCACACCCCGACAGACCAUCAUUUCCCAACGUCCCCUUCUCCCCAGCCAAACCAGAGCAACGCCACCACACCCUCUACAAAUCCCAAUGGUGGGUUAACAGAACGAACGUUUUCCCGAGCUCCCAAACCGGACUCGUCCCCACCAGGUAGUCAUUACAGCAGCGAGCAUGUGCCAUCGGCCUACAGGGAUCAUAUCUCACCCCCACAUGGUGCCUCUUAUCAAACCGACCCGCCUCUCUUGCUGGAGGUGCCUUUGAGUGGAGCGCCCGGGCCUCCACGCACCUCCUGGAAUAACCUCCCGCUUUCGCUCACAGACCCGGCACAGUUCGGUAACCUACUCACUGCUGAAACUCACCUGCUCUCCACUGCUCUGUCCACCCCGCCCUCCACGUCCCACUCCACAAUCCUGCAGCCCACUGCUGCUCUCUCCGCUCUACCCCAACCGGGCCUGACUGGCCUCACCUCACCCUCAUCCUCGCCCUCUUCACGGGACCUUCUCACCCAAACCCAACCUAAACUACAACUCCCACAGUUUAGUGCAGCCUUCGGCCACCAACUGGCUUCCCACAGUGGGAUCCCCAAAGACCUGCAGCCCAGCCAUAGCUCAACAGCGCCACCUACAGGCUUUACCAUCACUAGUGCCACUGCUGCCACUCCCCCGUUCCCUCAGAGCAACUGAGUCUGGUUAGAGAGACCACCCCAUCUCACAUUUUAAAGGGAUAGUUCACUUAAAAAUGAAAACUGUCAUAAUUUACUCACCCUCCUUGGAACAAGAAAGGAGAAAUUCUGAACAAUGUUCACUUUCUGCUCUUUAAAAAAAAAAAAAAAAAGUAGUGAACAAGGGCUGUCAAGCUCCAAAUCGGCACUCUAAAUUUCUACACAUUUAAACUGGUGUGUAACAAUCGGUUAUGGCGUAUGAUAACCAGGAUUGUUUAGCAAUAUCUUUGCGUGGCAUAUUUACCUGUUUACACAUGACUUUUGACAGCUGCAAGACUUUGAGUGAGUAAAGGCCUGUUCACACCAAGGCAGAUGUUUAGUAAACAUUUUAAUUUGAAUGAAUGGCUGUUAAUGCAUCUGUUCAGACCGACACAAAUAUUCGCACAUCGUGAGUGCUAAUUUGGCAAACUACAAAGAAAACUGGCAGACCUGUAGUUUGCAAUUUUGAUCACAAAAAGUCAUUGCGUAAAACUAUGAUGUGAUGACGCUUACUAAUAUUAUUUUGUGAUCAAAGUGACAGUAAUUGGCAGAGGAAGAAUUCUUUGUGAUAAGUGGGUGUCAGAAGUGGAAAUUAGCACAGUGCUCAUCUGUACUGCUGUACUUCUGUUUUUCAGUAAGCGCCACCUACUAUCAUGGAGUAAAUUUGCAUUUUCAUUCAACACAUCUGCCUUUUUUCCCCAUUGGUCUUAACAGAAAAUCAAAUGUUUGUAAACAGGCCUUUAAUUACUUAAAUUUCAGUCAGUUCCUAACACAAAGCUAUCGUAUGUCUUCAGAAGACUUGGAAUAAAGUGCACAAAUCAUAUGGACCUUUUUUAUGAAGCUUUCAUGUCCAAUCAUUUUAAUUGCAUGAAGAAGAGCAGCCUGAACAUUCUUGAAAACGUCUCCUUUUGUGUUCUUCAGAAGAAAGUAUGGGUUUAAGGGUUUCUCUUUUGGGUGAACUAACUUUUGAAUUUCCAUCACCAACCAUAGAUCAGCAGCAGAUUUGAAUCUUUCUGUACACGUAUCUCUGCUUGGUCUGUCAGCAGUGUCCAUCCUCUGUUUGUUAUUUUGGUUAUGUUCUAUCCUCACAUGCCCCUUUUCCAUUAAAUGGUGCUAGUGCAGGAGCCAGUGAUCUGUGGAGCUGUCUCAGAGCCAACCCAUAUUUCUUGAGAGCCAAACAAUGAUUUAACUGAAAACAUUACUACAUUACCUGAUCAUGUGCAUUACAGUCUUAGUUUAUUCCAGUUUUUGAGAACCUAUUUUCAUUGAAUUAUCAUAAGAACAAUCAUGAUUCACACAUAUGAUAUUUGUAAAUAAAUCAUUAUUUCAGACAGACAGGGACUAUCAUGUUGCUGGAGAAGCUGUGCAGCACGAUUAAAAAUAGAAAUGCUAACUGAGGUUGUGUGCAACAUAUAUUUUUACGUUAUAUAGGACUCUUUUACCAUCCAGUGACUCUAAUGUUACUAGAUCUUUGAGAUCUGCAGGUUUAGGAGCUAAGACACAAACCCACCCUUUUUCAGUGGAAACGUGGAAAAUGGUACCAGGCACCAGCACCGUGUCAGUGGAAAAGGGGUGAUGGUCUGUUGUACUAAGGCUAGUGAAUCAUAUUCUUGUCAUAUUACUUGUUCCAUUCGUAUAAUAUUCCUUAAAUGAGAGUAGCAGGCUGUUGGUUGGCUUGUGUCCUGUAGAGUGCUUGUGAGAGGAAUGUGCUGGUGUGUGUUGGCUGGAAAAAGAGCAGGGCAAGACUCUUGUUUAUACUUGGUAUUAGCAUCAGUCUUGGGUAAUCUAAUCACAAGUAGUCAGCUGAGGAAUAAUCAUUUACACAUGGUGUUAACGUGCAUUGCCUUUGACCUUAUGUCCACUUAUGACAGGUUUUUGUUGAGGUGAGAUAAUGUGAUUUCAGUAGUGUCAUCUGUGAGUCACUGCGUGUUGACUGCAUUGCCACACUCGUGCCCUCAUAUUUGAACUUGAUUGUUGAUAUGAGAAAUUUACGAUUUACACAAUUUACGCAAGAUCUUGUGCUUUAUUUUUGAGCAAGCUGUCACUCACAUGAGAUUGGAGCAAUUAGCAAAUGACAACGAUCCAGUCAGUUCCUGAUUGACAAAAUAAAGUCCAGCUCUACGUUUUUUCUCAUUCAAGAAGCCGUCAUUCUGAUAUACGUCACAAUAGAGAAGAAAAUCUGGUUGCAAUGAGGUCAGCUUUCUAGUUGUACAUAGCUUGCAAAAUGUAUUAAAUGAGAAGGUGGUCCAGGAUGCAUUAGUGUAAUGCGAUGUGGCAUCUCUGAAAGUGUGAUUGGAUCACCCAAGAUGCAUACCAAGUAUUAAAAACCAAUAAACCAUAAAUGUCAACACUGUCAUAGUGGCACUGAAGUUGUACAACUUUCAGCCUGAUCUCAGACAGUAGCCCAGAAUGAACUCCAGCACAGCCAACAUCACUCCUGUCAUUCAGCAGUCUGUCUCUAUAUAACAGGACCGGUCUAAACUUGAUGUGGCCUCGAGAGAAUCCACCAUACGACUUGUAAUCAGGACACAAAUCUGUAUGACUGAACAGUACGAUUCAUUGUUGGGUCUUUGCACAUGCUCAGUGGACCAGGCCUGGACUGCUCACAUCACAAGGUUAAUUAAAGCAAUAAUCUCCUCAGCAGAGUCUCUCAUACCAGUCUUCAGGUGCGGCUCACUCCCAGCAGCCUCAGUGACAAACAGCUGGAUCUCAUUCUCCUUAAACAGUUUUUCAUUGAUGGCUUAACUGUUUGAUUCACGGCAAAGAUCUCAACUUUGCUAAUCUUGUAGAAACACUGACAUGGAACUCUUUCAGCGAAGAGUAAACAGAACAAUGACACUUUGAGGUGAUAUUUUGCCAAAUACAUGGGUUCAAAUGUUUGUUCUUCUUCAUGGUGCUUAAUCAGUUUAGGACCUCGUUUGGUCUUUCUAAUACAAGAGCCCUUGGUGGCAAGGUUUCCGAGUACAGCAGAGCUGGCAGAUGGAAGGAAUGGGUGGCGGGAGAGUUGAUGUCAACUGAAAUAACCCUGCGUUUGUUUUGUGGACAUUUGGUGCAAUUUCUAUGGAGAAUGGUUUGUGCAACCUGAUGGUUCUUCUCCAGACUUCCACAGAAGUGUCAGGUUCAAACUCAGCCAUUUUUAGUCACCGUCAGUCAGCCUUAUGCCACGUGGGACCAAUGUUCCCUGCAGAUUUAGUUUUCUCUUUUGAAGUUAAGACAGCAAAACCAAGGUUUUUGGUAGAUUUUAGACACUGAACGAUUAUCUUAUAUAUUAAGUAUUAAAUAUAUUUAUAGAAUAGAAUCCUCUAGAUUGGGUUUUAUUGGUUGAAUUGAAAUCUGAAAGAGAACUAGUCAUUUGCAACAUACUUGGUGGAACCAAUGCAUUUAGUGGCAUAAUGUUUGGUAGUUUUAAUGGCUAUCAAAAUUCUCGUGAUUAAUCAUUUUUUAUUGAUUGAUGUUGUGUAUCUGUGUCAUUUCUUUGGACGAAGAGACUGUGAUCAUGUGCAACAGUAUUUUUCAUAGCUAUUAAAAAAAAAUAACAGUCAGUGGUCGCUGAAAGACGUAAAACCACAGCCGUGGCCCUUAUGCACUUAAUCUAAUCCAAUCUCACUAGUCAGAAAAGAAAAAAAAUAGUGGGUCUCAUUCAUGAAAAACCAGGAGAACGAAACUUGUGUAAAAUCAUUUGAUGGAAUUACAUUUAAUAAUUUCUAAAAACCAGUGACAGUUUAUGCAAGAAUGGUUUUAGAAAAGAUUCAGUUCAUUCUUGCAUAAACUGUCGCAUUGAAUAGAACAGUUCAUAAAACUGCCAUUACAUCAUUUUCACACUGAAUGGAAUCGUUUGUAAAACCGGUUUAAAACCACUCCGAUUGAAUCAUUUGUAGAAUCAUUCUUGUAUAAGUUGUGACAUUACAUUGAAUGCAACAGCUUACGUAAUAAUGGUUUUAUGAUGAUUUACACACAUUCGUUCUGCUCUGUUUCAUGAAAGAGGUCAUUUGUGUGGCACAAUGAUCACAGGCAUACUGGAGCCGUUUCUUCAUUUGGAGGCAUCCUCAAGUCAAUCUCUAGAUUCGUUUGUAGUGACAAAACAUUGUUCGUUUUCUAGGUCAUCACCCUUUAACCUCCUGUGUACCACAGGUUCUAAAUGACUUUUCUGUCACUUGUGCAAAAGCCUGCUACUUGUGAACAAGAGUCGUCUUUGUUUAUUCUCCCCACCAAUGUUCAUCAGUUGUGGCAAAAGCUGAAAUGUUGUGUGCAGUCCAAGUUUUUACUGUGUUACUACUGUGUGUCCUGUGCGAAUGACAGCAGGUCCGCUGCACAGAGAAACCCCCAGACAAAAGUCGCUUGCACUCUGCGUUAAGAUGGCUGACUGAUUCCUAUACUCACUGAAUGUACUGUAGAACUGUUUUUAAAACUCAUAGGAUAAUCUAGUCACCUUUUGUUAUUGGUCUUUAAUUUGUCUAAGGUAUUUUUUUGUAUACAAAAGUUUACAUUUUUAUGUAUAUUUUUCUCGUGUAAAAAUUAUGUAAUAUGUGUAUAAACAUUGUAUGUAAUAUCUGUAUAUAGAGUGACAAAUUUUGAUCUUGUUUUUGGAUGUAAGAAUUAAAAUUGUGUGAAUUUG